UGUUUGUUUGAAAUCUUUUUUUUUUUUUUAAUGUAGACAUUUGCCAUAUAAGCUUCCCUAUUUUUAACAUUGCUUUUGCUGCAAGUUUGGUGCCCUAGGAACCACAUAGUCAAAGGGUUACUGCGAGAGGCUGGACAAGAGGCCCCCGCCCUCUUGCUGUGAGCUCUGCUGUUCUUAUGGGAGCCAUGAAGCUGAAUGAGAGGAGCGUGGCCCACUACGCGCUGAGCGACUCCCCCGCCGACCAUACGGGCUUUCUGCGCACCUGGGGCGGGCCAGGGACUGCACCGACCCCCAGUGGCACCGGCCGGAGGUGCUGGUUUGUCCUCAAAGGCAACCUGCUCUUCUCCUUUGAGAGUCGUGAGAGCCGGGCCCCACUGAGCCUGGUGGUGCUGGAGGGCUGCACGGUGGAGCUGGCCGAGGCUCCCGUGUCCGAGGAGUUCGCCUUCGCCAUCUGCUUCGACGCCCCUGGUGUGCGCCCACACCUGCUGGCGGCCGAUGGGCCCGCGGCGCAGGAGGCCUGGGUGAAGGCCCUGUCCAGGGCCAGCUUUAGCUACAUGCGCCUGGUGGUGCGCGAGCUGGAGAGCCAGCUGCGCCAGGCCCGCCACAGCCUGGCUCUGCAUCGCCACUCAUCCUGGAAGGCCAUUGGCAGCCACUGUAAGCCCCAGGCUCCUCCUGACCGCCGGUCUCCAGGCCUGGAAAACGGUCACUCCCCCUCCAAGGACUGCAGCCCCGUGGACUCGGUUGAAGAAAGAGGCAGCAAGCCAGCACGGCAGGGCUUGGCCGAGUGGCAGGGCCCGGCCAGCCUCUUCCUGGACAGGAGGCAGAGCCCCGAGUUCCCUGAGACCUCCUACUUUUCUACCCUGCACAACUGGUACGGCCAGGAGAUCACGGAGCUGAGGCAGAGGUGGCUGCGGAGGGUCUGGGGGAGCCGGCCAGCUCGGGAGAAACAGGAUGGGCCCUGAGCCUCAGCCCUUGGGGCUUCUGCCCUUAUCCUGCCGGUCAGGAUUCAGUGUUCAUUGGGUUUCAAGUUGCUUUGUUUUGAGAGGUUCUUUUCUUCCUGCUUUUUGGUCCUUCUCCAGGUUCCAGAUCCGCCCUCGUGCCUGGGUGGGACUGAGGAAUCAUUCUUUCCAGCACCUUUAUUUCCUGAGGCCCAGAGAGGAAGGGGGCUUGCUUGGUAGCCAUGGAGCGUGACCAAGUCUCCUGCCGCUCUGCUGGACUGCCCCUCUGGCAGGGGACACUAGUCAAAUGGUGGGAAUGGGGACUAUUAUGUGGCCAUAGAAUGCUACCUACACACCAGACUCUACAACCAUAACUUCCUACACAGGGAGCCUUAUGUACAUUUAAAUACCAGAAGUUGGCUCAAGUGUUGGCUUGGGGAACUGACAGCAUCAGAGAAAGUAGGUUUAUUGCCAUAGGGGUUUCUGGGGCCAGUUGCUUCCUGAGAAGUGGGGCAUAGGACCCCCUCCCCUCUGCAGUUUGGGUGGGGCCCUUUGGAGGGAGAGGGCCUUCAGCCAGCAAAAGGGGAUUGAUUCCGCUCAGAAAGUAUCCGGGUCCUCAGAUUCUCUCCCUGGCUGCCCUGUCUAUAGAUGGUGCUGGUCAUGGCCCCAGGAAGGACUGGUGGCAGAAAUCCUUCCUGUGUUCUGCCCUGAGCGGCUGGCUCUGGGAGCUGCCAGGUGGGAAGCUAAAGGAGGGGAGGCACAUGGGGCUCCCUGGGGAAGCCAGGCUGUUAUUUUGGUUCUCAGUCCGGGUCAUUCUAGAAGCUUGGACGCAGGAUUCCCAGCAAGCACCCUGGGAUAAACUCUUUCCUCCUAACUGCUAAGAGCCACUCCCGAUCCCGAACCCGGCCUGGGAACUCACUGACGGUCCGGCUGGUCAGCCAGUGCGUGUCUGGCAAGACCCUGUCUUUGCUCCUCUCAGCAGCUCGGUGCCACGCGUUUUCUCUGCUGUUGAGGGAGGACCCGCCUGAGCCCCAGGGUGUGGCCGCAGCAGCUGGAUGUGAUCGAGGGA